AUGGAGGUGGCGUCGCUGUACCGGCGGGUGCUGCCGUCGCCGCCGGCGGUGGAGUUCGCGUCGGCGGAGGGGAAGCGGCUGUUCGCGGAGGCGCUGCAGGGCGGCACCAUGGAGGGCUUCUUCAACCUCAUCUCCUACUUCCAGACGCAGUCGGAGCCGGCCUUCUGCGGCCUCGCCUCCCUCUCCGUCGUGCUCAACGCGCUGGCCAUCGACCCCGGCCGGCCGUGGAAGGGGCCCUGGCGCUGGUUCGACGAGUCCAUGCUCGACUGCUGCGAGCCCCUCCACAAGGUCAAGGCCGAGGGCAUCACCUUCGGCAAGGUCGUCUGCCUCGCGCACUGCGCCGGCGCCCGGGUCCAGUCCUUCCGCGCCGACCAGACCACCAUCCACGACUUCCGCGCCCACCUCACGCGCUGCGCCUCCUCCCAGGACUGCCACCUCAUCUCCUCCUACCACAGGAGCCCCUUCAAGCAGACUGGGACUGGCCAUUUCUCACCGAUCGGCGGGUAUCACGCCGAAAAGGACAUGGCGCUCAUCUUGGAUGUCGCGCGCUUCAAAUACCCUCCUCAUUGGGUUCCAUUGACGCUUCUCUGGGAUGCCAUGAACACGACUGAUGAAGCAACAGGGCUUCUCAGGGGGUUCAUGCUUGUAUCAAGGCGCAGUUCAGCUCCUUCAUUGCUCUACACAGUGAGUUGCGGCCAUGGAAGUUGGAAAAGCAUGGCAAAGUAUUGUGUGGAAGAUGUACCCAAUCUACUGAAGGAUGAGAAUCUAGACAAUGUUACAACACUUCUGUCCCGCCUAGUGGAAUCUCUCCCAGCUAAUGCUGGAGAUUUGAUCAAAUGUGUCAUUGAAGUUAGGAGAAAAGAGGAAGGUGAAUCAAGCUUGAGCAAAGAGGAGAAAGAAAGGCUUUUUUUGAAGGAAAAAGUAUUACAGCAAAUCCGUGAUACUGAUCUUUUCAGAGUAGUCCACGAACUGCAAUAUCCCAAGGGGCUAUGUGGUAGUUGCUCAUCUUCAAGUGAUGAAGAUUCGCUUGCCGAGAUUGCAGCCACUGUGUGCUGCCAAGGAGCUGCAUUCCUAUCUGGUAACCUUGUAUCUAGAGAUGGGUUCUGCUGCCGAGAAACAUGUAUCAAAUGUAUAGAAGCAAAUGGUGAUGGACUAAAGACUGUUAUCUCAGGAACCGUGGUAUCUAAAGGGAAUGAACAGGGUGUUGAUUUGCUUUUACCAACAUCCUCAUCAAAAACAAGCUUAUGCAAUUCAAACUUGAGGAGCAAGAUUGUCAAGUAUCCAUCAAGCACAGAUGUUCUAACUGUCCUACUGCUGGUUUUACAGCCUAACACAUGGCUUGGCAUAAAAGAUGAGAACGUGAAAGCUGAAUUUCAGAGUCUUGUUUCAACAGACAAUCUUCCUGAUCUUCUUAAACAGGAGAUACUGCAUCUAAGGCGGCAGCUCCAUUAUUUGGCUGGUUGUAAAGGACAGGAGGCAUGUCAAGAGCCUCCAUCCCCUUAG